GUAUCAUCAUAACCCAGACUAAAGUAGUCCAAGAAACAAGAAGAUUGGAUGCAACAUGGCGUUUCUUAUAAAAUCCUCAUUGGUAGCUGUACUGGUGUUCGUGCUCGUGUACCCACAACAAGCUGAUGCAGAAGAACCGAUUGGUUUAAAGCUGUCUUCAUUCGGUCCAAACCACAUUCAGGGCGAAUAUCGCUACACUGAAUCAUUUGGACUUCAGUUCAACAUUCGGCAAGGGUUUAUGGAGAUGAAGACCUUGAAUGGUAAUGAAACCAUAACCAUGUACAUGAAGCUGCCAAGAGACACCGUCUACUUUCAGAUUGGGAACAGCGGCUUUUUAAGUCAUCUGAACAAGGAAGCCCUCGUGCCAGCAGAAGUGCCUAGGACAUUCAAAGCAUUGAUGAGAUUUGCAGCGGAAAGGUUCUCGACUAGUCCUAAUGGCUUCUCUGAUGAGGACACAACGCUGAAAGAAGCUCACAAACAAGCACUAGAGACAAUCCGUGAAAUGGAAGAGACUCGAUUGCUGGAGAUCUGCUCUAAAGCCCUUGCUCAAGCUGGAGGCUCGGGGCUGACAAUGGAAAUCACCCAGCCAUACCACCUGAUGAGCCUGAACCUACUCCUUGCUCUCGACAGGGCAGGCAAGCCAGUCGAUGUUAUUAAGCCUCCAGGGACACAAGACGAAGAGUCUACACAUAGGUCUAAAAGGUGCUCCAACCUCCGAAGUGACCCAAACAAUGAUGACUGUUACGGUAUGUGUGGGAGAAAGUGCAACUGUUGGUCGAGUGUGUGUGGUGACUGCUGUUACCACCAAGGAUGUGCUGAGCAUGAUUACUGCUGCGGAAAAAACUUCUGGUCGAGAUAUUGUUUGUUUCCGUUUCGGUACAAGUUUACUUGCAGCAGCUAUGGAGGCUACUCCAGUUGCUAAAUGAAGUUCUUGUCUGUCGUGAAAUAAAUGAACCUAGUUUGAAACACAUUGAAAAGUGCUCGCAAUCUAAUAAACCUCUUUAAAUUAA